UGUUCUGCAUAGCAUGCAUUGCUUGAGUUGUUGAGCUGUACCGUUGUUCUGUUGUUCUGUCUAUAUAAAGACAGAGUACUCUCUUUCAGGUUUAAGCAAAAGUAGCCAUUAAACCUCGUAACUUCCAAGACAAUCUUUUUAUCGAAAAAUUUGGUGGGAUUUGAUACAGAUAGAUCAUUGAUGGGGUUUGGAAGCGUGGAACCAUCGUCUGUAAUGUACGAUUUCCUGGAAAAAUCCAGUGGUUGCGCCGUUAUUGAUGGUGGUCUUGCAACGGAGCUCGAACGACAGGGGGCUGACCUCAAUGAUCCUCUCUGGAGCGCCAAAUGCCUCUUAAGUUCCCCUGAACUCAUUCGAAGGGUGCAUCUGGAUUACCUUGAAGCUGGUGCCGAUAUUCUAAUCACAGCCUCUUACCAGGCUACCAUUCAGGGCUUUGAGACUAAAGGCUUGACAAGAGAAGCAAGUGAAGCUUUGCUGCAGAGGAGUGUCAAAAUUGCGCUGGAUGCACGCAAUAUCUAUUAUGAGAGAUGCAAAGAUUGUACAACUGAUGAUACUGGAAAUGGAAAGUUUUUCAAAACACGCCCAAUCUUAGUUGCAGCAUCUGUAGGAAGCUAUGGUGCUUAUUUAGCUGAUGGAUCUGAGUACAGUGGGCAAUAUGGAGAUGCAGUUAACGUGGAAACUCUGAAAGAUUUUCACAGGAGAAGAGUUCAGGUUUUGGCUGGUUCAGGUGCUGACCUGAUUGCAUUUGAAACUACUCCAAAUAAGCUAGAAGCUCAGGCUUAUGCUCAGCUUCUUGAGGAAGAAGAUAUUAACAUUCCAGCAUGGUUUUCUUUUAACUCCAAAGAUGGUGUCAAUGUGGUUAGUGGAGAUUCUUGGCCUGAGUGUGUCGCAAUUGCUGAUUCAUGUGAGAAGGUUGUUGCUGUAGGAAUCAACUGUACCCCUCCUAGAUUUAUUCACGGACUCAUUGUGUCUGCUAAGAAGGUAACAACUAAACCAAUACUUAUUUAUCCAAACAGUGGUGAGACAUAUGAUGCUGACCGUAAGGAGUGGGUGGAGUCUACCAGAGUUUCAGACCAAGAUUUUGUCUCUUACGUUAGUAAGUGGCAUGAGAUUGGAGCUUCCCUCAUUGGAGGCUGCUGCCGGACAACUCCAAAUACUAUCAGAGGCAUAACUAGAGCUCUCAGGGAGGAAUCUGCAUUUAAAGCUUGAUCUUACCAGAUGUGAGCAAAUUGGCAGGAAGGAAUUCACAGAGAGAAAUGUAAAUGCCAACCUAAUGUGAAGGAGGGUAAUCAGUCAUGUUCCCAUCAGUUAUGGGAUUCCUAACUCCUCGAUGGCUCAUAGAGAUUUCUAAUGCUCUGUUAAUUAUCCUUGUAAUUAUCUUACGGGAAAAGGUUCUCUGAGCCUAAGAUGUAUGCUAUGCCGUCUCACAUGUUAAAGAAAAAAAUAAUGAGAGGGUGUAGAGUACCCUGUUUGUUCAGAGAACCCUCUCCCCUUAUUUUGUUUUAUCAUAUCUUAGUUAUAGGCAACAGUUUGGGUAUUUAUGGGCAUCAAUAGGUUCAAGCCAUUGUUGCAUUGUUGCGUUUCAGUGGCUGUAUGUAAUAAAAUAGAUGGUUCAGGCUUUUGAGUUGAAGUGGAAUUUUCUUCACUUUUGAAAA